GAUAAUUUAUGGCGCUGAUACUUCCUAUCUCAUACGCCGCCCUUGGACAACGAGGGAAAUACACAAGGCUACAUGUACCCUUGCAGCGUGAUAACUGGAGCUGCAUUACUACGGGCAGCCGAAGUCUUUAUAAGAGUUGCUGUUCUACGGUCGACAAAAAGAGAGUGGACACGUGACUGAUGGAGAAGCAGGCAGUAGACUGUGCCAGGAAGGCCUUCCUUUCAGGCAGGUCACGACCCCUGCAGUUCAGGCUUCAGCAGCUCCACGCCCUGCAUAGGCUCAUCACAGAGAAGGAAGCAGAGAUUGCAUCAGCUCUCAAACAGGAUAUCAAUCGAAGCCAGUUUGACACUCCACUGUUCGAACUAAUUGGGCUGGAAAAUGACAUCAACUUGGCUGAGAGCAGUCUGGCAGACUGGGCUGCUCCACGUUCCGCAAAGAAGAACCUUCUCACGUUGUCGGACCAGGUGUACACGCAAGCGGAGCCACUGGGUGUGGUGCUUAUCAUCGGAGCCUGGAACUACCCCUGGGCCCUCACGCUACAGCCUCUCAUUGGAGCCAUUGCUGCCGGAAAUGCGGCGGUUGUGAAGCCCUCAGAGUUGAGCAAGCACUCUGCCAGUCUCCUCAAAGAAUUGCUCCCUCAGUAUUUGGACCAGGAAUUGUACCCAGUGGUGACGGGGGGCGUCCCUGAGACCCAGGAGCUGCUGCGGCAGCGCUUUGACCACGUCUUCUACACGGGGAACAGCACUGUGGGGAAACUGGUGAUGGAGGCGGCUGCUCGCCACCUCACCCCCGUCACUCUGGAGCUGGGAGGGAAGAGCCCUUGUUACAUCGACAAAGACUGCGACCUAUCCGUAGCAUGCCGUCGCAUCACUUGGGGAAAGUUUGCUAAUUGUGGUCAGACCUGCAUUGCACCUGACUACAUCCUGUGUGAGCCUGGCAUCCAAGAUCGAGUUGUUGAAGAGAUUCAGCGGACAUUACUGGAGUUCUAUGGUGAAGACCCUAAAAGCUCACCGGACUAUGGCCGCAUCAUCAACCAGCACCAUUUUGAUCGUGUCAUUGCUCUCCUGGAAGGCAGCACUGUUACUGUCGGGGGGAAGAACAAUAGAGAAGAAUGCUACAUAGCCCCCACAGUUUUGCGGGACGUGUCACCCCAUGCCAGGCUCAUGCAAGAAGAGAUCUUUGGACCUGUCCUGCCCAUCGUCCCCAUCAGUGGUGUGGACGAGGCCAUUCGCUUCAUCAAUGACAGGGAGAAGCCCUUGGCUCUUUAUGUCUUCUCACAAGAUAAGAAGGUGAUAAAGAGAAUGCUAUCAGAGACCUCCAGCGGUGGAGUGACCGUCAAUGAUGUCAUUAUGCACUACACAAUCAACUCUCUUCCUUUUGGUGGUGUCGGAAACAGUGGGAUGGGUGUCUAUCACGGCAAGCACACCUUUGACCGUCUAAGUCACCACAGAGCAUGCCUCAUCAAGUCACUGGCCAUGGAGAGCAUGAACCAGGUCCGCUACCCACCCCAGAAUGCAGCUCAGUUGAAGAGGGCCAAGUUCUUCAUGCUAACUCGCCUCUGCAGCUGUGCUCGGUUCACUUGCGUUUGGGCCGUCCUGGCCACCAUGGUGGCUCUUGGCCUGCUAGUUGCACUAUUGGUGGUGCUGUUAAAGGACACUCCAGUGUGAUGGCUGCUAAUUCAAAUUCUCUGAAACAAUGAAAUGGUUACUUAAAAUACAUAUUUUUAUAAUAGCUUUGUUUUACUCAUUAAGGUAAUAAAGACUUAAUUCACUACUAGGUAUUUGCACUUUUGUACAAUAAUACUAAUGAUUACAAUAAAUACUGCCAUUUACUAAAAAGUAUUUUCCUGUGUGGACCAAUUCUACCUAUUUUUUUUCACACUGUGUAUCACAAUGUAGAACGCACUUUCAAGGAAAUGUGUUUCUCUCUUUCGUGUCUUCAUUUUUCUUGACGUAAAGGAGCAGUCCACAAUUAUAAUCCAAUACACUUUUGGACAAAUUCAGUGAAUUGCUCCACACGGCCCUCCAGCUGUCCCUUCAGUGUGUGCAUUAAAAAAACUCUGUUCUGGCUAUGUAAAUGCCAAACAAACAAAGUGUCUCGAACCAAGCUGUGCACUAUUCCAGCCAAUCAGCACGUUGCUUCAGGAACACAGCAGGUCAUUUAAUUAGUAUCACCAGAAUCACAGAUCAUACCUUUAAUACAUUAUACAUCUCUUUCUAAUUGUAUCUUGCCCCAAAUGCAUGAUUGUCAUAUCUGUAAAAGAAAACAGUCUUUACCUUUCUUAUGAUGUAAUUUCCCAUCUGUUUUAUUGCCAUCUGGUGUAAAAUGCCCAGAUUGAGAAGUGCGUUUUGGUAUUUCUAAUUUGAGGGGGGAAGUGUUUGAUCCUGUCUGACACUAGGUGGCGUCAUGUAGCCAUGCAAACUCCAUGCGUUGCUGGUUUAUGUCAAGUGUCGCAUCCUUUUGGCCUGGUUUUGAUCAAAGUGACUGAAAACAAGUAUCUAGCCUCUAGGAACUAUUGUCGCUUUCUAGGUGAUUUUAAUAAUAAUGCCGAAGUUGUGCUAACUAAGAAUGUAAUACUUAAAAAUGUAAGAACAUUUCAGUUUUGGAUUGAGACAAAUGUAUUGGUGUUAUGUAGUAUGCUAACUGUGAAUGUUUUUGUGGUGAGAUUAUUCAGUUGACAUGCCAUGUGUUUUUUAUGAGUCACAUAAUUCUGCAAUGGAGUCAGCAUUACUGCACAAAGAAUGUCAUGUCAGUAGCUUAAUAAAAAUAAAAUAAUUACUAAAAAAA